CAGGUAUAAAUAAGGUCUCCUCAAUUUAGUUUCACCAUUCAAUAAACGCCGAAGAAAAGAAAAGUGAACGACGCAGAAAGUUAAAUAAGCAACUGUUUUAAAAACGUGCACAAUUCUAAUCAUGUCACAGUACUUUGAUGAUGAUAUUGCCGGCGUCGUAAUUGACAACGGAAGUGGAAUGUGCAAGGCCGGUUUCGCUGGCGACGAUGCUCCCCGCGCCGUGUUUCCGGCCAUUACCGGCCGUCCUCGCUACGACAUGGUCAUGGCAGGAAUGGGGCUUAAGGACACCUAUAUCGGCGACGAAGCGCAGAACAGACGGGGAAUACUCUCGCUGCGGUAUCCAGUAGAGCACGGUGUCGUAACCAAUUGGGACGAUAUGGAGAAAAUCUGGCAUCACACGUUCUAUAACGAACUGCGAGUGGCACCCGAGGAACAUCCGGUUCUCCUCACGGAGGCGCCAUUAAAUCCGAAAGCAAACCGAGAAAGGAUGACCCAGAUAAUAUUCGAGACUUUUAACGCGCCAGCCUUUUACGUAGGUAUCCAGGCGGUUUUGUCGCUCUAUGCAUCCGGUCGCACGACGGGAGUUGUGUUCGAUUCCGGUGACGGUGUGUCCCACGUUGUACCGAUCUACGAGGGGUACGCGCUGCCGCACGCGAUCGAGCGGAUGAACCUCGCAGGAAGGGAUCUGACACACUAUCUCUCCCGGAUCUUGAGCGAACGCGGGUACAGUUUUAUAUCCUCGUCGGAACAGGAAAUAGUACGUGAUAUCAAAGAGAAACUGUGCUACUCUGCCCCGGACUUUGAUAGCGAAAUGCAGUCUGCAGCUAGCUCAUUGUCGGUUGAAAAAAGCUACGAAUUACCCGACGGAGGGAUUAUCACCAUUGCAAACGAGCGUUUCCGGUGCGUGGAGACCAUGUUCCAACCGUCUUUUAUCGGAAUGGAGAGCUGCGGAGUACACGAACUGCUCUACAACUCGGUGAGGAAGUGCGAUAUAGACAUAAGAAAGGAUUUGUGGAACAACGUCGUGAUGUCUGGUGGGUCGACGAUGUUUACCGGCAUGGCUGAUCGGAUGAAGAAGGAGCUGGAUAAUCUGGUUCCCAGCGGCAUGAAAGUGAAGGUCAUCGCGCCGCCCGAGCGGAAGUACUCGGUGUGGAUCGGAGGCUCUAUCCUGUCCUCUCUGACUUCAUUCAGCUCCAUGUGGAUCUCAAAGCAGGAGUAUGACGAGUGCGGGCCGGGAAUCGUUCACCGGAAGUGCUUCUAGGUGUAAUACUGAGCGCGAAAUUUAAAAU